AGCAUGAUGGACACUCACUCCUGGUUCCUUCUUCCAGUCAAUAAAAGCCGAUAUCUCGCCUUGCGUCUCAGUGUGAGUUAUUGAUGGUGCAUCAGUUGGCAGUACUUGAGUCACAGGACCAGUUGGCUUUCAUGUAGAAGGGUCAGUUGUGCACCUUCUGCCACAUCCACCAGGGAAUGGUGAAGUGGCAGGUGCUGACGUUGACCUGUGGUGAGAGGUUCCUGUGGAUGGUGAAUGAAAUGAAAAAGGACCAAAGUGUUGGGUUGCUGGAUUUCUUUGAGGACUCUGACCCACGCCAGAGAAGGAGUGCCACGAAUACCUAUGGAUUCACUUUCAACAUAUUUUGCAGUGCGAGUAGGAAAUGCCAGGAAAAAGUACAAAGUGCUGCCACCAUUAGUUACAGGAUCGCCCGAUUUUGAGAGGAUUUUCCGUGCACAGCAGAACUCAGUUGAAUUCUAUCCCACGUUCUUGGUUGUGUUAUGGAGUUCUGGAUUGUUUUUCAAUCAAGAAAUUGCCUCAGUCAUUGGUCUUCUCUACCUGUUCAGCCGUUUCAUAUACUUUAAUGAAUAUGCAAAGUCAGCAAAGAGAAGGCUCCCUGCAUUCAGAAUCGGUAUAGCAUUGCUGCUGAUAUUAGUCUGUAUGAGUACUGGAGGAAUCGGAAAUUCUCUGUUUGACAAAUAUUUUGAUUUUAACUUAGCUAAGAAGAUCAAAAAAAUUAUUUUAUAAUAUGCAGGCAGUUGAGCCAAAAUACAGGUGAUUAUUGUAUAUUUUAAGUUUCAAAUAUUGCAUAAUUAAAAACACCCCCUUAUGAAUAUGCAUUGAAUAUCUGUAAUUCACAUACAUGAUAUUAAGAUGCCAAAUAAAACAUUUCAUCUGUG